CAAAACAGUUUGAAGCUUCUAGAUCUUUAACAAGAAUUCCACCCAAAGCCCAAGAAAUUAUGUUAAACAAGCAAUUUUUACAGCAGUGCAGAACACUGAAAUUGAGAUGGCAUUGUUUGCAUAAGAAAGUAGUUGUUGAUUUUAAAUUAGAACCAUGGCUCUAUCUGUGGUUUUCUGCUGUUAAGACUUUAUCUACAAAGCCUUCACUAAAUUUGUCAGGAGUUAUUGAACAUUUCAGGUGUCAAAUUUCAGUAAAGCCUCUAACAAACUAUUUAUUGUUGAAUCAUCAAUGCAGUGCCUGGGUAUUUAAUUGUAAAUGGGAUGCAUUUAGUAGUUUUAAAUUUAAUAUCAAUAUUGAAAAUCUAAGUCAUUCUUCUACAGAAAAAAAACCUGUAUUCUGCUAUAUUUGGACGAUUUUAUUGUGUCCAAAGAACACAUUAGUAUCACAUGAUAAUACCAAAUAUUCAGAUUUACUUAAAGAUAACAUAUCGGCAAUGCUGAAAGAGAGUUCAUCAGACAUAAUCAAAGAGAAUGUCUCAGACAUAGACAAGGAGAUUUUAUUGGCUCGCAAUACAGAUUUAAAUUCUAGGAAAUGGAACUUGUGUAGGGACAGGUUGAGUGCUUUACAAAAAAGAAUGAUGGAAUUAUUGUCACAGACAUGCAGAGCCAUAAAGGAGCUAUUAAAACAUUACAAAAAUGGAAGAUAUGAAGAUAAAGUGUCAAUGAAGAUCAACAGAAUUAGAAGAAAUUUGGCUGCAGUGGAGAGGGCAGGCCAAGAUGCAGUGAGAGAAGGAAGUGCAGGUUUUGGUGUGAUGUCAGAAGUAACUCCAGGUCAAGGUGAAAAUGUUUCAGAAGUCCCACAGCCAAAUGCAGCCCCUGGUUACAAUCAGACAAGGGAAGACUUAAUAUUUUUAAGAAUGCUUGCCUAUCGUAGGCAAAUGUGAGUCGAUGUGUUGCACUAAAUAGUGAUAACUAAUUUACUAUUUUUAAAAAAAGAUUAUAAUAAUCAAAAUUUUGAGUUUUCACCCUUCAUUAACCAAAGUUGAUUCAAGUGAGAAAUUUUAAAAAACUUUUUUUGAAUUAAAUAUUCAAAAAAAGAUUUUUUUCAAUUUGAUAAAUGAACUUUUAUGUCGGAUGCAUUAAAUUUAGUUAUGUAAAAUAUAGCUUGAUGAAAUAAUUACAAAGUAGAAUCAGUUCUUCCUGUCAACUCAAUUGAGUGACAAAUCUUGACCAUAUCUAUCUCUGCAGUAACCGUGAUGCGGACAGUGCCUAUUUGUGCCUUGUGUUCCUGAUGUGUCUUAUGAUGAUGUGCAUGUAUCUGUUAAGAGGGUUCCAUAACCGAAAUACCCAGAAAAAAGAAGUCUGCACUCUUGAUACGCUGAAUUUCCCCACUGUCAAAGGUAUAUUUAUAAAAGAAAUGGAAAUAUAUCUUGAAACUUUUUUCAAGAAUUUGAUGAAAAGCUCUUUAACUAUUAGAUAAUCGUAAAUAAUGUUAGUGCUAUAAAACUUGAAUGCAUGUUUUUUUUUUUAAUAGUCUGAACACUGGAAACUGAUUUUUUCUUUGUAAACACACCUCAAGUUACAUGUAAUUAAAUCUACAUUUAAAGAAAGUUUCUAAUAAAUUCCCAUCAUCUAUGUCAGACAUCCUUAAUAGCAAAUAAAACUUCUGUUACCGGUACUUUUCACAUGGCAUGAAUGUCAUGUUCUCAUUCACUUGUUAAAUGUUUUCACCGCCUCCUUCUUGUUACGACCAAUCACAGUGGACUUACUCUUCCUCACUCACGUCCCCAUUUUGACUCAAUUAAGCCUCUUACCUACUUAUGUUCUAUCACAUUCCUCCUCUCAGAUACUACAUUACUAGUGUUUAUAAUGUAUUUUUAUAUUGUUUUUACUGUUGUUUGUUUGCUGAAGAAGGCUUCUUGCUGGCGGCCCAUUCUUUGUUUUGAUGUGUCUUUCUUUCAGGUUUUGCCCAUACCUUGUUUCGCUCAUUUCCUUUUACCUAACCCAAUUGCAGUCUCUACCCCUUAUUACCAUCUUACUUUUCAGAAGUAGUUUUCAGAAAAGCCAAGUACCUUCCCAUGUUCAACAGAGACAAUUCUCUAACUGAGGUGCUUGUCCAUGACUGUGGAACUAACCCUUGACCACAGAACAAGGAUUGCUGAGAGGAGGGAAAAAUAGACCUGUGUUGAUAUCAAGCUCCACUAUUUUGAAUGUUUCUGCCACUCAGUCAACCAAGUAAUUAAUUGGAGUAGGGAAAUUGGUGGAGGGGCGGCAUGAGCUGGAUGGCAGAAUUUUAAAAUUCCCUAAGCCCGUGACCAAGACAUUCUUAUAGGACAUUCAAAUCACAUUGUUAAAUUUACAUUUAAUUUCUCUUAAAAAUUAUUUUAGCAUUAUUUAUUUGACACUCUUCACUAUCAUAGUAUGAUUCAUACACCCCGGCCCACUUUUUUUUUUCUUUAUCCCUCUUCUCAGUUAUGCCCCCUUGUUAAAAAAAUAAUAAUAAAGGACUGAAAAAUAAUUAUGUUAUCACCUAUAGCAUUAAAUCUGCAUUGUUUAAUGACAGUUUGAUGCAGGCAUUUAUAUUGUUAUGAAAUUUCUUUAUCUUUUAGACUUUUAACAUUUCCUUAUAUGAAACACCUUUGGUAGCGGCUCUUUACACCUGUGCAUUUUAACUGUUUAACUGUUUUAACUUAAUUAUGUGAAACUUUGUUGGUUAUUUUUAUUCAUGCUGACGUUUUAUUUAUCGGAUCAGUGGCAGGAUGGUAAAUUAAUGAGAGCUUCACCCGUUUAAAUUUUUUUUUUUUAAUUGGCCAAUGUAUACUGUAUCUGAUAUGUACUUAGCACUGGUGCCAGUUAUAUUUAUCCAUUUAUACAUGUUUUAAAUGACAUUUAUAUGACAGAUAUGUCAUUCCCUUAUAAUUUAUCUUAAUUGAUGUGAUUGAGAAUAGUGUUUGUAAUAAUUGUGCAAUACCAUUUCAUGUCUGACUCUUGGCGCCUUUAAUUUUACUGUUGACUUGAUUCUCAUGAAGAGGAAAUUGAAAAAAAAAAAAGGGUAAAACUUACAUUAAAACAAUUUUAUUUUUUUACUUUUACCAGUAAAUAAACAAUCAUUGUAAACAUAAUCAAUAGUUUAAAAGAUGGAAUCCAUAAUUUCUUUGCUGUAUUAUUUUCAUUUUUCUGUUAUUUAUGGCUGAGAUACACAAACAUGACAGUUUAUUGACCAAUCGUUGUGGAAAUUCUGAUGAUUUUAUUUAAUACCGUACGUGAAUUUUUUGCUGGCAUCAAUCUAUCACAAUUUGACGAUGGUGUGGACUUUGCAGGACAUAUUCCACAAGGAAUGGGAUUAUUCUUGUAGGAUUAUAAGCUGGUUCCCAAUGGCAAAUCGUUUCUCUCCACGCUGCUGGAUAACCCCAUAGGAACAUCAUAUGGAUGAUACAACUUGGCACCAGUGGCAUCGCAGGAGUUGUCAGAUUGUUUCAUUGUACCAAUGUUAUCCGCCUACAGAACUCCAUCUCCGGGUUUGAAUUCAGUGUUUUCCUUCUCUUAGGUGAGUUGCUAUCCAAGGUUGAACUCCAGACCAUCAACUUGAGAUUUGCUCAGGUUAGACCACUCGGCCACCCAGCACCCAUGAAUUAUAUCUGAGAAUUUAAAAUCCUUGUACAUUAAGUAAUCAAGAUCUACAUAUUCAGAGUUGAAAAUUCUUUUAAUUCAAAACGAUUGUAUUUAAAUAUUUAAAACGAUUUUUUUUUAAAUCAUCAAAUGAAAUUGGAGACUACUGAAUUUUAAAAAUUUAAAUGAUUGAAAAUUCAAAAACAAUUUUUGGAACCUAAAUAGUAAAGAAAUUUGAAAACUAUGUUUGUUGCUCUUAUCAAAAUAAUUUUUACUAACUUUGCUUAAAGCUGUCUUAAACUGAGUAAAUCCCAAACUCGUGGAGUGGAGUUCAAUCCUCAGCAAAAGCCUAGACAAGCAAAAAGAAUACCAGCACCCCGGGUGGAUGGUACUCGUUAAUCUUGGAUGGCAAUCCCUCCAAGAGAUGGCAAACUCUGAAAUCAAACCUGGAGAUGGAGUCCCGUAGGUGGUUAAAAAUUCAGAUAACUCCAGCAACGUGGAAAGCAGAAAGAGUACAGUGAAACAAAAAAACAUUGGAUGAAAUAGGCAAGGACAAGAGAGUGAGGCUGAUGAAAUGAGCAACUCACCAUCACUUUAAACCAAAUACAGCUCAAGUCAAGGCUACUACUCAAGUCGAAUAUUGCCUUGGUCGUCUUCACAUAUGAAGGACAAAAAACAAUUUAAUAUACACUAAUUACUAUAUACAUAUACCAGUAUUUUUUAGCGAUAUUGGCUAGUCACUGAAUUACUAUUUUUAUUUGAAAUGCUUCACUUGCCAUUGUGUGUAAUGUGGUUGUCAAUUUGUCAGUCAUUGUGACCAUAAGAAUUAUUAUUGAUUGUUGUUUUUUCAUAGAGUAUACAUUGUCACUUUAUAGUUGAGGUAUUCCUUUUAAUGAAAGAUAUUUGUUGAAGCUUAGCACUGGAUACAGACAGCAUUACAGUGCAUGGAUUGGUAUCUUUCUUCAUAUCGUAACUUACAAAGCCAAUGACAUUAUUAAAGUUAAAGAAUAACCAUCCAUGACAUUGUAGGUUGGUUAUUUGUUUUUUU